UCUGACUGGUUCACCACCAAGAAAAAGCAGCUUUUCACCGACAGUGGGAUUAAGAUCAUCUUUGUCGGGUCACCGAUCCUGGCACGACUCGUGAUGGGUGGUUUGAUGGAAGAAGUUAGAGAAGUUCUUGAGAGGAGUGACCCUAGUUGGGAGGCUGCUGACUCGGUGGACUCGGAUGGGCAGAGUUUGCUUCAUUUGGCUAUUGUUCAGGGCCGGCCUGAUAUUGUCCAGUUAAUUCUUGAGUUUGGGCCUAAUUUGGAGGCCCAGAGUCGAUCUGGUUGUAGCCCGAUGGAGGCUGCUUCUGAGGCCGGAGAGGCAUUGAUUGUUGAGCUUUUGUUGGCCCGAAAGGCCUUCUGUGAACGAUCUGAGAAUUCUUCUUUCGGGCCAAUUCAUCUGGCGGCCCGAAACGGUCAUGUGGAGGUGUUGAGGCUUCUUAUACUGAAAGGAGCAAAUGUUGAUGCAUUGACAAAAGAUGGCUAUACUGCUCUACACCUAGCAGUUGAGGAUAGGAAAAGGGAUUGUGCGAGGCUUUUGUUGGCCAGUGGGGCAAGGGCGGACAGUCGAGACGCGCUCGACGGAGACACACCGUUGCAUGUUGUGGCCACCCUCGGGGAUGACCACAUGGUGAAGCUCUUGCUGCAAAAGGGAACGAAUAAGGACAUUAGAAACUACGCCUGUCGGAUGCCCUAUGAUGUGGCGGCUGAGAAUGGGCACUCUAGGCUUUUUGAU